AGGACUGAUGAGGAGGAGCUGGUGUCUAUUAAAGUGGCUGCACCUCCUGCUGUCUCGGCUGGGAAAAAAGGAGAAAUAAAUACAUUUAAAAAUGGCAUCUUAUGGUGAGGAGUCAGUCGACAGUUACUUCUACUCCUCUUAUAACCCCUACAGGUACUCCAGACCCAGGGAGGCCGCGUGGAGGUUCAAAGGUUACGUGUCUCCGUACGGGGAGCCGUCGGAGGCCUUCAACAACCAGCAGCGGGCGCAGCUCAAGUCCAUCUUGUCCCAGAUUAACCCCAAACUCACACCCCGGCUCCGCAAGGCCAACACCAAGGACGUGGCGGUGCAGGUCAACCCCAAGACCGACGCCUCGGUGCAGUGCUCCAUCGGCCCGAGGACGCUCUUUCCCGCAGGCGGGAGGCGGCAGGGGGAGGAGCCUGCAGGGGGAGGAGGCGCGGGAGGCGGCAGUCCCGCGCCCGUGCGCUACCCGCGCACGCUGGCCGUGUACUCCCCGGUGGCCUACAGGAGCGUCACCUCCUUCCUGCUGGAAGACGACGUGACGAAGGAGGCGCCGAGUGAGGAGGAGAAGGAGACGGACGGGAGGAAGAGCGACGAGGAGCCAGCUGCCGGAGAGGAGGAGGAGAAGGAGGAGGAGGAGGAGGAGGAGAGGAGCACAAAACCUGCGGAGCAGCGCAAAAAGUCCCAAAACAAACAGGUGAAAACUGCAGAUGCGCAGCCAGCGGCACAAGGGCCAAAGGGCAAGGCGCGUGUCCGCUUUCAGUUUCUGGAGCAGAAGUAUGGAUAUUAUCACUGCAGAGAAUGCAGUCUGAGAUGGGAGAGCGCCUACGUGUGGUGCGUUCAGGGUACCAACAAGGUUUACUUCAAGCAGUACUGUAGGAAAUGCCAGAAGGAGUUUAACCCAUAUCGUGUUGAGGACAUCACAUGUCAUACUUGCAACAAAGCCCGCUGUUCAUGUGCAAUAACGCAGCGCCACGUGGACCCCAAACGGCCCCACAGACAGGACCUGUGUGGCAGGUGCAAGGGCAAGCGGCUCUCUUGUGACAGCACGUUCAGCUUCAAGUACAUCAUCUAGGACGCGUCUUCCACUGAACUUUGAUCUGUUGAGUCCAGGUGUGCGGCGUGUCUUCAGCCCAGACCGUUUGAUUCAGUACUUUAUUUCGUGCCUGUCUUUUGUUGAUGAAUGUGCACUAACUUUCAGUGUAAUAAAUCUACCAGCAGUC